UUGAAAGUAUAAGCCUGUCCAUGCUGUGGCUUGGGCAGUUUUUACUUAAGCUCUGUUUUUUGAUAACCCCAUUGAGCUUUGUGUUCCUCUGAAAACUUCACCUAACAGCGUUUCUUUCCAUGACCCCUUGUAGCUACUCUUUACUUCAACAAACUGGUACUUUUAACCUUUUCCCCAUAAAUUGAUUUAUUUUCUUUAAUUACUACUUUUCUAACUCCUGCAGUUACUUUGUGGCUUGUCUUAGCAUUUGCUUUGCUUUUGGUCGAUAUUCCUCUGUUAAUGAGAACCCCAGAUCUGAAUUCAGUAUUGUCCUUUAUGUCCCAUCAGCCUAAAUUUACAAUAAUCUUGCUGAACAUUAAUUUCCACUUGUACUAUCUUUUAUUUGUCCAAAUUCCUGCCUGACUAAUUCUCAGAGGUGCCUCAUUGUUCUUCUGCCUUCUGCAUUGUCUGCUUUAGUUUGCAAAGUUCACCUACAUUUAACAAACACAAACGUUGCAUUAAUUAAAAUGUUGAUUAGCGACCUAUCAGUGAUCUACUGGUAUGGAAUUUCCCUCUCUUAAUUCAAUAAUUUGUUUACUUGUUUGGUCCCUUAAUUUUCCUUGUAGCCCCAUUCCCAUCCAAUAGUUCUUUAAUGAAUUCUGCAGUGUUAAUGAUUUUCUGGCAUAGCCUUUACACAAAAUAAAACAAAUAGUGGUAGUGAGCUGCUUUAUGUUUUAAGCUUGUACCAAGGCAUUUCAAAACACUACUGCUGGUCAACAUUAGAAUUAAUAGUUGAAAGAAUCUGUGGCCAAAUCAUGAAACUACGUAUAAGAUGGAAGAUUUCAGGCCAUCAUUUGUUUAAAGAAAAUAGGUUAAAAUAGAAUUCUCAAAUGAUGGGGAAUGGGAUGAUGUGAGGUUAUGAAAGAGAAACUUUAAAUGGGGCUAGAAGAUGGUUUGUUCCAGCAAACUGCCAACAUUCUCAUUUAAAUACAUAAUGUGGGCUUUAUGAGAACUUGUUAUGCAUAUUUUAGAGCUACCAAGGUGUUGCUGUAAAAAUGGCUGUGUCGGGAUAAAUUAUGCAACGGGUCUUCCGAGGGUGUAAAUGAGCACUAACAUCCUUUUCUCUCGAUGGGGAUGCUCUACCCAGCGUUUCUGUGUGACCCACCGUCUUUGUUCACCCACUACAGCUGUGUGCGAAGCGCUUUUCCCAGAAGGUGUGCUCGCCGUUCUGUUCUGCGGGGGACGUGGCUGAAGUUUUCCCGUUCGGCAGAGACCAGAAAGAACAUCUCAGCUCCCUGCGGGGAAGUGCCGGCUGGCGGCGGCUCUCGACAUAACCGGCCUUUGUGUCCAGGUCGGGGGGAAAUCCCUCCUGCCGCAGCCCGGGCAGCCUCCCAGCCGCCUGGGCCCCGCGCCGAGGGGCAGCUCCGGGCUCGGCCAGGGCUCCCGGGCACGGCCGGGCCGGCAGCCGAGGGAUCGCCGGCAGCGAUGCGGCUCCGCCGGGCGCAGCCAGGUGCCCCCCGCGGGCGGGACCCCCCGAGAAGUGCCCCCGCCGCCCGGCUGCUGCCGCUGCUGCUCCUGGUGGGCGCCGGGUCCGGGGCGCAGGCGACGAGUGUCAACAAACAUAGCCUGAGUUCCAACAGUUCUUUGUGGGAGCUGGAUUAUGAAGGACUGUUGCACAGUAAGAAAACCUUUCCUGGGACCAGCCCAUUCAGGAGCAGCUCUCUCCUGAGUCACCAGGCAAGAAGAAGUUGGCUGAGUCAGAACAUGGGCCAGAAACCACAAGAAAAGCAGCUGUCCUGUGACAUGCUCCUUAAACUUUCCAGAUAUAUUUUAAUGGAUACCUUUGGACCUAGCUUGGCCUGGAAUCUCUUCCGGUUUUAUAACUGUGAUCAAGAAAUCAACCUGCCCAAAAUUCAUAUCAGUCCUCUCAAGGUGGCCCAGCACAAGGUGAAACCGUUCUUGCUACACAGGGUGCUUCAGCUUCUCAGGGAUAUGGGAGUCUUGUCUGAAGCUCAGCAGUCCAAGGCCAACUCUCUGCUCAAGAAACAAAUGCUUAAACCAAGGAAGACACCGUUAGAGCCCGAAGGUGAACAAAGUGGUAGGUAUAUAAGGAAGAGAUGUAGCUUUGGUAUCUCAAAUGCUUUCUGGUGCUGGCUAUGUGACUUUGGGGGCUGCUCUCCGUGCUGCUGGGUGAGGGGAGGACAUCACUGGGUGCAGUCUGGUACAUGGUGGUCCUGUGCCAUACCGGGAGCUGGCGUGCAGUGUUCAGGCUGAGCUGGAGCCAGCUUGGAACGCUCAGGCCUAAGCAGGAGGUCUGUGACAAGGCAGGUAGGAAGCGGUCUCUGCCUGCAGCAGAUGCUAGACAAAGGCUGGUACAGUGUGCAGAGGGCAGUCAUCGCAGACAGGCUGUGAGACAGUCUGUGAGAGUUAAUACAGGCGCUAAAAGCUGCGUUGUGGUAACGUGGUGCUCAGCUCGGUGGGGCUGCCAGGCCCACGGCGGCCCCUGAGUGCAGCUCUAAUACCAGCAUUAGCAGCGUGUUGCUCAGUGAUCCCCAGGGGCCCGGCCAGGCCAGCAACUCCAGCUCCCACCAGACGCUGAUGCGUUCCCCUCCGUGCUGCGAGCUGGGGCUUCCCUGGGGAAAUACUGCUGCGCUGUACUGAGAGCGUAAAAUGAAUUUACAAAAAAAAAGAAAAAGUGGAGAAUUGCAGGAUUUGCGGCUGGGAAUAGGAGGGGAAAAAAAUUAGUAUGUGUUAAUUGUCAUGAUGCAGGAGCUAAUGACCCGCGUCCCCCGCUCCCAGGAUGCGCGGGCAGGUCUGGCUGGGGUGGGCAGCGGCUGUGCAAGGGCGCCCCCGUUCGGCCGCCCGCGGCGCCGCAGGGGCAGGACCGCUCCACUGCUCGCUGCCAGUGUCCCCGUGUCCCCGUUGCCGACGCAGGAGCGGUGCCCGCGGCGGGGGUGGGGUGCGGAGAUGGGGGGUUUGGGGCCGCCUGGCCUGCGCUGGCGCUGCUGCGGGCCCCGCGCAGCCAGACUGAUCCCGGGAUGCCUCCGGUUCCCCGCUCCGUGGGAAUGGGGUGUUGCUCAGGGGAUGCUGACUCGGCUUCUCCUUCCUUUCUCGCUGUAGUAAGAAGGAAACAGGAUACCGCCCAGAGAGGGAGUGUGCCCGGGAAAAAAACACUUAGAGAGGAGGAACCAUCCUCUCUGCAUUCGUGUGCGAGAUGCGUAUCUCUGGGAAGAGGUGUUGGUGCUCUGGGAGUGGGUUCACCCGCAGCUGACUCAUGUAGAGCAGCUUUGUUUUCUGCCGUUGCCUUAAAAUGAAGUCUCACCAGUCACUGAUAUUUGUUACCAAAUGUUACGGUCAUGUCUGUAGGUAAAGCGUUAAAGUCAUUGCGACAUGCUGAGGCAUGGUCAAGGUUGCCACAUACCUGGUAGCCCAUUACAGAAAAUGACCCAUUUUUGUUUGUUAGAAAGGUGAACUUAAGUUUAUAGCUAAUAAUAACACUGGAAGGAGGGUUUGGGUUGGUUAUUUUUGCAGAGAAGAGUUACAUCAGCCAUAUGUUGGAGGCAGUGAGCGUUAGUCAUGAUUUCCCACUUGCAGGUGUGAGGAUGUUUGGGAAUGUGCUUGCGCUGAGGAUGUGUUCUGUAACCAAGCGCUGUGGUGUGAGCUUCAAAGCCAGUGCUGCUGCAAAACAAAAAUCAUCUCGAAAAAUGAAAUUUGGAAAAGAGUGAAAGGAAAGCAGUUUAGCUCCUGAGCACCAAGCUACAGGAGCUUCUGUGAUUUCCUUAACAAGAGACAGGAAUCUUUAGAAAAGCAGGAUGAUCUGCCCAGUCUCAUUUACUCUGAAUUUUUCUUCCUCAGGCCGUUAAAAUAGAAGGGAAAUAGCACUGAAAUCAUUCAUCUGAAAGUAGUUCUUUCAGAAAAAACAUCAGACCUGUGUAUUUUUGUGGAUUUGGAGGCUACAGAGGGAAAAUGCUUUUGAAAGAUUUAAACAGUGUUUCUACCUUAAAAAGAUUGGGUUCUUGUUCAGGAGCAGUCCCAUUUAGACCAGAGUGACUUUGGCUUUGCUGAUUGUUUCACAAGGCCGGCACAAAGUUCAGCAUGAAUCAAAGCUUGUGCUACAUUUAUUUCUGCUACUACUGUGUUAGAUUAAUCAUUGUUGCCUUUUAUUUAGAUUGCAAGUCUGUGAAAUCUUUUGCACAGAAUAAGUGUUUUAAAUAAAGAAGUAUGAGAUUUCUAGGGCCCCCACAGGUGUAAAAUUAAGGUUCAAGUCCUCUUCUACCUGAAAUUUUGCACUUCUAGAACUGUUGAAUUCAGAGAAUUGUUAGCGUAUUUUAAGACAAAAUAUUCCUAUUGGUCUUGUCUUGCCUGAAACUUCCACCAGUAGAUAAAUCUUUCUCCAAAAAAAUUUGAGCACAGCCUCCUGUACCUCUGAUAACACCUCUGCUUUCCCAUGACCUGCAUUCGUAUAUGUCAUAUUCAGAUAAGGAGGCACAACUCUGACUAAUGCCGCUUUUUUGGAAGGAAAAUGACAAAAACUAUUUGAGACAGGAAUAGAAGUGCCAGCACUAAAUGAUAGAUGAGCAGCCGGUAGCAAAGGUGGCAGCUCUAACAUUUCACUGUAUUUAUGGAGUAUUGAAAUGAGGGAGUGUUAUCUGGAUUUGUUUCUCUUUGGGGCGGAUGCUUAUUUUCAGAUUCAGUUCUCUGAGUCCCAGGACAGGGUGUAAGAAAGUGGAUGGGUUGUGUUAAGCACAAGUGAGUGUUACUCCAGCUCCAGAGCUGUUGUGUGGAGCGCUGGGCAUGGCUGUACCCCUCGCCCACCCCCCCAUUUCCAGGCUGUUCCCAUAUUUUGUCUGACAGCACUUGCUCCUUAUUAACAUGACUAUAGCCUCUUUGUGCCCUCUGUCAGAAGAAAUCCUGCACCAGAAUAAAUUUUAGAGGUGACAGAUUGUAACGGUUUGACCAGAUGAUGGCACACAAAUGUCUCUGAGAUCAGCAGCACCUGUGGGUUUGCAUCUCUUAUGCUUUGGCCCUGGGCAGAAGCAACGGUUGGCACGGUUGCCUAUCAGCUUCUGGCUUGUCCUCUCUGGGUGUUGGGCUCUGGAGUGGAGAUGGGGGUGUAUGUGUAGACUCUGGGAGGCAGAAGGCAGUGGCCACAGUAACCUCUUCCCUGUCAUUGCGUGUCCCCAGGAAAGCUGAGUUAUGCUAUAUUUUAGAGUCUAUUAAAAAAUGUCAUAUUCUGAUUCAUGGAAAACAAACCAGUGCCAGUACUUCCACAGGCACUGCCAUGUCCACUAGGACUGGAGUCCAGACAGGAACCUGUCAAAGCCAGGAAUGCGGUCCCAGGCCAUGGGGAUAAAAGCAUGAGGGUUUUCUUCAGGCUGUGUCUUGUCAGAGCACCUUCUAUGGCCUCUCUGUGUCUUCUCAGAGCACCUUGUAAGGCUUUUCCUCUCUUCCACCACAGGCUGGCUGCAGGUUGUUUUGGUCAGGUGAUGGGACGUGAGGUGGCAGAUACCUCUCUGCUCACCCACUGUCAGGGGAACUUUUGCAGCCACUGGGUUACAGCAUUCUCUGUACGUCUGCCAGAUGUAGGACAACAAAGGGCAGAAGACCCCGUGGGAAGGUGCCAGAGGGGCCAGCUGCCUCCCAAGAAGGGCCAAGCCAUGCCAAGCCCCGGUAACCACAUGGGAGUCUGGGGGCUGGCGUACCUCAGCCCCCUGCCCUUCUUGGGGAGGCAGCUGGCCCCCAGUCGCACACUUUGCAUCGGGCUUUUGAGCCCAGCCGGCUGCUCCGGGGAUCUGCACGGACCCCCAGGGCCCUCCCCGGGAUGAAAGUCGCCCUGCUCCCCAUGACCCCGGGGAGGCCGGCGGGGAGUCCGCAGCCCCCAGGGGUUUGGAGCCAGGGAAGACCUUUGCGUGCGGGCAGCGGGGCUCUGCCCGGCCCCGAGCAUCUGGGCUCCGGUCGCAGAUACACGUCCAGGCUGGAGGGAUCGUCCCCGGCUGGGAGGAGCCAGCAGCUCCGCUGCUGUAAACAGUGCGGGCACCGCCAGCGGUUGGGAGAUGGAUAUAAAUAGGGAGGCGGAGGGGAGGCAGCCGGAGCGGAGGAGCGGGAGCUGCCUGCGCCUGCCUGCCCCUUGUCUGCCGCCUGCAGCCGCGGUGCCAAGCAGCCCGGAUCGGGAGCUCCCGAGAGGCGGCGUACAAAGUUUGUGGCUCGGCGCUGCCGGGGAUAGGUAAG